AUGGCCAUGCCAGACACAGUCAAAUGGAUGUCAGCACUAUCAGAUGAGCAGGCUGGUGUGUUCACUUUUGCACAUUGCGUCUGUCUAUCCGAUAUGUACGGUGAUGGCGAUACAAAACUCGUCCUAGCACAUGUCGGUAGUUCAAGAUUUAACAUGCGUUUGAAGGUGUUCAAAGGUGUAACUGUGGUCGGUGAAAGUGCCCUGGCCGAUAUGCCAACAGCUGUUGUUUCAUUUUACAAUGAAAAAAUCACGUUACCUGCUCUUGGGGUCGCCUCUGGUUCAUAUAUACGUAUCUACAAGAAUCUGAAACCUUUCUAUCAAUACAAUACACCAUCAGCACCGGUCCAUAAGGUUGAACAAGAAGCCUGGACGAAGACUUGUGCCAAACAGCUUACACCGGACCAGCUUUUUACCGUCAUACAAAGUUUGGCAAAUGAGAUAUCACCCAAAGAGCUUACACCGCUAUCUCAAACUUUGCUUGUAACGAAGGCUGAGGAUCGUCCGGCAUUUAUCGACUACUAUGCAACACCAAAAUAUGUGAAUAAUCUUCAAAAUCCGUCAACUAUCACUUGUCUAUCAUCGAUUCCCAAAUCGUCGACAGAUAACAUUGACGUGCUGGUGUUCGGUACUGAACGAGGAACGGUUCGAGCUGUCGAUUCACAGGCAUUCCAAAUCAUAGCGGAUUGUCGGAUUCCCGGUGUACCUGUGCAGAUUGUCACAUACGGGGUCUUUGACAUCGAUUAUCGUAUUUUCGUGAGCACUCGUGAUGGACAGAUUUUCUCCAUUAAAAGGGAUCAAACAGUGAAAGAGAAGCCGAUUAUCACUUGCAAGACCCACAUCGUCGGCUUCACAAGAGUCAACAAAAUGGUGAGCCAUUCGUAUUUUGUUCACAUACUUCCUUAUAUUCGUUGA